UUUCAUCUUCCUCUUAUUUAGUAAUUGCCUCUGUUACACAACUUCAUAAAACUGUUUCGUUCUGCCUGAAGGGAUGCUAAGUGAAGGCUUCAUCUGUGGGAUUCCGUACUGGAAUGAAUACCAAAGGGAAUGUAGGACUGAGAAGAGACAGCAAAACCCAUUAGAUGAUGACAUGGUGUAUGAGUUGGCUUCAGUCAAUAACUUUCUGCAUGGCUCUCACUCUGACUCAUCAAAUCCGGCUCUGUCACUUCUUGAAAAGUGCAAGUCUUUUGGCAGGUCAUUCAGUUCGAGCGGACAGGAAAAGAAAAUGACACCACUGGUACAGGCCUCAAAGGUGACUCCUAUUGCCAGGCAGAGGUCCCUGGUGGUAGAUAUUCCAGGAAGUUCUGGUGUGAGCAAGGAAACUUAUUUUGUUCCCUCAUGCUGCAAAAGUAUUUGUGACAAUUACAAUGACCUGCAGAUUGCUGGAGAUCAUGUGUUGCCAAUUGAUUCUGAAACAUCUGGCCUGACUUCCCAAAGCAGCCAUGAAGCAAACAUGGGUCCAUUCUUGUAUUCACUGGAAAUCCCGUCACCAGAGUCUCCAAAACUGUCAGAAUACCCAAACAAGCCGCUCAAUAGUGACUCAUCCUGUUGGCGCAAUAGCAGUACUAAAGACAAAAGCAUCAUCCAGCACUCUCAGCCACUCACCAACUCUGUUCUGAAUGAUUAUCUUGAGCAGAAAGUUCUAGAACUCUACAAACAGUACAUGGUGGACAAUAUGGUGAAUAGUCCAUCGCCAACAAAAAUAAUGGAAUCAGAACUUAUAAUGAAUAAUGUUGACCAAAUCAGCAUGCAGAUAUCAAGAGAACGGAAUAUGGAAACUAUGAAAGCUAAGGACAUUGUUAUCAGCUGCUUGUUGCGACUUGCAAGUGAAAUACAAUCAAAUGAGCUCAGUACUCCAAUUUUACAGAUAUCUUCAUGAAUGUAAACCAGAUUUAAACAUAACUGAGGAUCUCAACCUUAUAGAUGUGAGUUCUUGAUGAUAUGGUUAAGCUUAGGCAAGAUUGCCAUCUGUAUCCUGUAAUGACAGUCUUCUGGAUCACGACGUCAACCCAAGAAUCAAAGCCCUUCAGCAUUAGCAACCAUCCUCUAAUGGCAUGAACAAAAACCUAGUCAUCAGACUACACCCCUUUCUUCAAUCAGUAAUCAUUCUCUCCAGGAAGAGAAAUAUUUAAGAUCCAGACUGCUUAUCUAAAAUCCUGAUGCGGAGUUUUGACCCGAAAUGUCAACUAUCCCUCUAUCUCCACGGUUACUGCCUGAAUGACGGAGUUCCUCUUGCCAUUUUUAUUUUGCUCUAGAUUACAGCAUUCUCUUGUGUCUACAGUUAAGUCUGAUCAUAGUGUAACAGAGGGCUGCUGGCCCAGUGCUCCUGUCUAAGUAACUAUAAUUGUGAGAUUCCACCCAUCCUCUCUGCAGACUGCACAAGUCCUUGCAAGUCCACUACAUCAUUUCCCAUAGUGCUGGCACAAAAUAACAAUAACAGGGACAGAAUCAAGUGAAAUAUUUUUCCCACCAGCUUGUCCUAUUAUUACUAAGGAAUCACUGGUUCUUGGAAAGAAUAAAAGAACGAAGGAAUAAAAGUUAGUCUGAUGUCCUUAUGUAUCUCACUUGAAGCAGUGGAAGGUAGCUGAAGGUUUAUUCUCAAAAUGGAGGCCGGUGCCUCAGAGUGUGGCACAGAGUUGGGCGUUAGGAGCCUUGUUAUUUAUAUAAAUGAUGUGGAUGCAAAAGUACAAGGUUUAAUCAGCAAGUUAGUGGAUGACACAAAAUUAGGAUGUUUGUUGAUGGUGAAGAAGGUUAUCAUUGAUUACAGGUGGGGGGGGGGGUCCUUGAUCCAUUAGGAAAGAGGGAUGAGGAACGCCAAAUGGAUUUCAUUACAGAUAAAUGUAAGGUGAUGUAAUUUGGAAAGUCAAACCAGCAUAGGACUUAUAGAGGGAACUUGGAGUACAAGUGCAUAGUUCAUUGGAAGCAACAUCACAGGAAGACAGAGUGAUGAAAAAGUGUUUAACACGCUGCCCUUCAUCAGCAGGAGCAGUGUAUAGGAAUUGGGAUAUUAUAUUGCCAUUGUAUAAGUUGUUGGUGAGACUACACUUGGAGAACUGUGUACAGUCUUUGUCACACUAUUAUAGGAAAGACAUAGUAAAACUGGAAAGAGAACAGAAAGGAUUUAUGAGGAUGUUGUGUGGACUAGAGGGGCUUAAGUGUGAGGGAGGGUGGGCCAGGCUAGGUCUUUAUUUCUUGGAAUAUAGCAAAAUGUGGGGUGACCUUACAGAAUCAUGAGGGGCAAAGAUAAAGCAGAUGGUAGCAGUCUUUUCCCCAGGAUAGGGGAGAGCAAAACUAGGGGACAUAGAUUUAUGAUGAGAGUGGAAUCUUUUAACAGGAAGUUGAGAAGCAACAUUUUCAUGCAAAGGGUGGCGAGUAUAUGGAAUGAGCUGCUAGAGGAAGAGGCUGAGGUAGGGACAAUAUUAUCCUUUCAGAAGCACUUGGAUUAGUACAUGGAAUAGUGGGGCUUAAAGGCAUAUGGGCCAAAUACAGGAAAUUGAGACGAGCUGAGUGAGAACCUUGGCUAGCAUGGACAGGCCAGGGUGAAGGGCCUGUAUGUCUGCUGUAUUACUCUAUGACUCGAUGACUCUAAUAUAUGUUGCCACCAGUUGGAGGAAGUAGCAUGGAUCGGAUGCACUAGACUUGUUGGAUGUUUUAUGGCUUAUAGCAAAGGAAUAAAAUAAUGCAUAUUGGUUAUUUAAAUAUUUGUUUCCUUUUAGGCAGCACUUUCAUUGUAUAGUUAAUUAUUGACUAUUGCGUUGAACAUUGUAUUGGUUUCUCAUGAUUAACCAAUAGCAGAAAUUACAUUUAUUUAGCAAAAUGCAUGCUAUCUCAUGGUAAAAUGAGUCUUGCAAGAGGACCUGAAUGACAAAGUGACUGGGAUGGCUUCUUUAUUAUUAUUACAUUCCUUCUAACUUAGCAAUACUUCGUUUUGAAAUCGCUUUGCAGUUGAAGUGAAAUUGUCUUAUUUGAAAUGAUCCUUUUUUUAUUUGUAGGAUCAUUGUUGCUGGUCACACAAAAUCAAGAGUGAAAUUGGCAAACUGCUCAUCACGUUGUGCACAACAAUCUGAUGUCUUAGAUAAUAUAAAAUCUAGUUUGUUAUAUUCUGUCAAUAAUUAUUUUAUUGAUUAUUGUUAAUUACUAAAGAUUGUUGCGACCACGCACACAUUUUAAGAUGUAUAAAACAGUUAAAUUCCUUGUGAAUUUGUAUGUUUUUCUGAUAAAAAUAUACCUAUUGUAUUGGA